AUCGGCUAGGUCGCUCGGCUUCUUUUUGAAAUUCUGAUCCAAAUUUUACCAAACGUUGCUGUUUCCUUUUGCUUGUUCGGUGUUUUUCUGUUGUACGGGUGUGUUGCGUGUGUGAAAAUCAUGUGUUUUAUGUUGCACUGUGUGUAGUGAGCGUUAAACUGUGAGGAAAAAUGAAUCGACUGAAGCUGAAACCACUCAAGCUUCCGCGCGAAGCGAACCAAACGACCAGCCAACAGUCUGAGGAGAACCGGCCGAACGAACGACAAGGACCCACAGCGCAAAAAGCAUUCACGAGUGUCACCAGCGGGAGUAGCGCUGGUUCGAUUGGGAGUGCCAGCGCUAGUAAAUCUACGUCCAGCUACGGCAGCCGCAAGGAAUCGUCCGUACGGUUUCGGCUCGAGGACGAACUGCUUGGCAGUGGCAGCGAGCUCAGUGGCAGUGCAAGUGCGAGCAUAUCCGAAAGCCUCAGCGCGAACGACAAUCAUGACGACGAUAGUUUAGAGAUUAUGGAAGAAAUUUUAGUUCCGGCCGAUGGUGAUGAAAACAACGGCGACGACGAUGAUGAUGAUGAGCAAGAGAACGUUGGUGGUAUCAGUAGUGCCAGUGUGCCGACAGACGGUGACGAGAGUAGUUCCAGAAGUGUGGAAGCGUUAAAUCGAUCGAAGAAUCCGAACGUCCAGAGUGCUACGGUUGCCGAUCGAAAGAGACUGUUGUUCGAUAUUGGUGAAGACGAAGAUUUGUUACCGCGGAGUGCUGAACGACCGGCCAGUGGUGGUUUGUUCGAUAUAGAUCGUUUGAAUCUGUCCGGGGACGAAAUUGCUCAACAUUUCCAAGCGACCGCUGACAGUGAUCGAAGCGAAGAAAGGGAAGAGAAUUCCUUUGGCGGCCGUCCAAGAUCGUCGGAACAGGAAGAAUACGACGAUUCAUUCGGACAGGCGUCUGGGGAGAUUGAAAAAUCAGACCUUGUAUUUGGUGGUCGUAAGGAGGAAAGCAUAAAAUCGGUGGAUCUAGUGAAAGUGCAUCAAACGAAAGAAUUAUCGCCCCUGAACGAGGACGAUGUGUUGAUAAACGAUAGCAAGGUGAACUUGAACGCGCUGAAACAACGCAACCAGAUUGUAGUGCAGAAAGGAGGAGUAAAAUCGGAGGAAAAAAAUCGAAACCUUAAACUCAAUAUCAACAUCAUGGCGGAGGAAAGCAAUAACAAUAGUCAGGAUAAUAGUUUAAAUACGACGAACGACAUUUCGGACCUGGCGCCCGACACCGAAAGUGAACGGGUGGGAAGUGUUGAACUUGACCCACCGAGUGGUUCACUGCGGAAGACGAAACUGUCCGCCGAGUUUAGAAGUCUUAGUGUGCCGGAUGCGAUAGGAGCGGCAAAAGGUGGUAGCGGUGGCCCGUCUGGAGUUGGUUUCAUAAGUUUAGGGCCCAUGAAGGUGUCUGACGUUGGAUGUGCACAACCUAACGAAGAACAAGGCAGUUCAUCUUCCGGUGGGAGUGGCAUAUCGGAAGAUUUACGCGAACGGAUACUGUCCACUAGCAAAUCGUUCGAAGAAGUAAAGGCACAAGGUGUCGCUGCGAUCGAAAUGGUGGAAGAUAAGCUAGAACGAUCGGGUGGGGAAUCGGUCAAACCAAUGGAACGUGUGUCGGCUGAUCAGAAAGAAGCAUUGGAAGACAUUUCCGAGGAAUCGGAACAUACGAUCGGUGGUGGUAACUCGUCAACCACGGACGAUGAACAGCAACGGGUAGCGGGAAAGAGAGCAGCGACCCGACAGGAUGCAAACCAGCCGGGAAAUCUUAUCGAGCGUGGCAAGGAAAUGCGCACCAUUCUCGAGGAAAAGCUGCUGCAGAAGCAGCCCAGUGUUGGUGGUACGAUUUAUGAGGAUAAUAAGGAAAAUAUUCCCGAAGGUGGUUCACUGAAAGUGACGCCAGAAUUCGACAGUGUCAUUAGCCUGAAGAUGUUCCAAACAAUGGAGAACGAGAUAAGGAAAUUGCAUGAAAUAAUCGCUACCAAAGAUGUGCUUCUGAAUGCGUACGGUCGCAAGGAAGGUGGUGUCGUGCCGGGAAAGGAAGCUAGCUCCUGUGGUAGUCGGGCGGAAUCGUUGCGCGAUCAGCAAUUAUGCCGUUCACACAACAGUGAUUCGAUCAGUCUGGCCACUAACUCGACCGAGUACCGUCCGGUUGGUGACUUGACGGAAGUGGCCGGUACGAGUGGCACAGAGAAGGAGCUGUAUGCGAAAAUAAUCGAGCGCAAUCAGUGGGUUGAAGUGUUGGCGGAUAAGCUGAAAGAGGCACUCCAGAAUCGUAAUCAGCUCCAGUCGGAAGGUGAGAAACUGGCGGCCGAAGUGAUACAGCUAAAGAAACAGUUAGCCGAAACGGUGGAGAGUAUGAAGUUGAAGGCACAAAGUAGCUGGGGAGGUGUAAGACCACCGGACCAGGAAAGCACGAGCGGUGGUGGCCAACGGAUAUCGGAAAUAUCGAUUGAUUUGGUCAGCGAAACAGAGGAUGGAGGAUUGUCCGAUUUCCCCGACAUCUAUGAUGAGCCACCGUUGGGAUCAUCGGAGCGAGCUCUCGAGCACACCUUGCAACCUCCCGGAUGUGGUGAUCUAUCCGAGCUGAAUCCACUGCACAUUCCUCUAAAGAUAUCGAAACAACUCGAACAGUUCCGCCGCUACCUUUCGCCCGAAGAGGUGCGUCUGUUUAACAUGGUACAGGGAAAGUUUGAUGAUUUCCUGACACAGGAGCUGGACAUGGUGCGCGAUGGAGGUGAGGCAGAAAAUCGGGUACUGCGCGAACAGCUACAAAUCGAACGAGCGGACAAAGAGCAGGAAAUAAACCGAUUGCGACAGAUGCUCGGUAGCGUGAAGGCGGGUUCGAUCGAGAUCGCAGCAUUGCGAACCGAGCUGGAAGCACGCCACACACAAGAGAUGGCCGAUCUGCGCACGUACUUUGAGAAGAAGGUCGUCGAGCUGGAGAAACAGUACUCGGAGGAGGUGUUUUCACAGCAAAGCCGGCGUGUGUCGAACGAUGACACGGCAUCGGAAAUAUCCGGUGCGGAAGAGUUCCCGGAGGAGAACGGAGGCUACCAGUCGAAGCAUACGAGCCCGCGGAGGAAACAUAAAGAGGGUAUCUAUCUGAGUCCAACCCACCGAAAAAUUACACCGACAACGAUCGAUGCAACGGACGCUAGUGCGGAUGAGGUUCUUGUGGUGGAAAUAAUCGAGGACAAGGAGCAUCGUCAUCUGACAGCUGAUGAGCUUCGCGAAUUCUACCAAACCAAAAUCAAAGAGCUAAAUGCGCAGCACGAACGUGUGUUUACAAAUCUGCGCGAGAAGCUGAAGGUGUAUGAAGUCAAAGAACAGGAAAAGCAUAUGUUGUCUAAUCAAACGGCAUCCAUCGCCUCUUCCGUUGUGAAGGAUCACUGCUCACCAAUAAUGCUAACAAAUGAACCACCACCACCACCUCUGCCUUCCGCCGAGCGACUGCCAUCACCCACCGACACUGCAGACGUCGCAAACACUCAUGCCGGUGACGCACUGCUAACUAACCUCAGCUCAUCCGAUACUAACAACAUCAAGCAGGAGCAGCGGCAGCUGGUGCAGCAGCAGGGAUCGAUCCGACUGCAAACGCCAACGUUUGCGGGAGAGUUGGGAUCGGAUACCGAUCUGCAGGACAUCAUUGCCGGGUAUGAGCGGCGCUUGCAAGAACAGGUUGCACUCGCCCGGCAAGAUGUCCUGAAGGAGCUUGAAGUACAGAUACAGGCGCUACUGACGGACAGUUCAUUUGAGGACAGCCACUGGCCACCGGAGUUGGUGUUGCUACGGGAAAAGUUUACAGCCAAGAGUCAACUGGAAAUUGCUCAGCUGCAACUCAAACAUGAAGAAGAGAUGGCUCGCAUGAAGAACGACUUUGAGAAGCAGUUGCAGCGCAAGCUGAAGCGUCACACAACGUUCGAUUCUAGUCGUGGUCUGGAUAAAAUCAUUAGCGAGCGUGAUAGCUUACGGGAGCUCUCAUCGACCCUGCGAAAUGUGGUCGGCGGGUUGGCGAAGUAUUUCUCGGUAUGUGAGGAAGAUCUCAACAGCACCGUGCUGGAAGAAUUGCAGCGCGUUCAACAGCUGCAACAGCACAGCAACGAAUCGUUGCUGCCGGCUGAUGUAAGCGCUGAUGAGGGUCAGCUGGUGGUGGGGGCUGCUGACUGUACGGCUACCGAGAGUGUGUUGAACGUCACGGACGUAUCCUUCCUAGCGUCGUGUAAAUUGCUCAAGUUCGCACCAGACGUGUCCGGUAUCAUCUCGAUCAUCGAGGAUCCAUCGUUGGUAGAGUACGUGUCCGCGAAAGGACAGCCGCGUGAUGGAGAUACGGAACCGGAAAAUAUAUCGCUCAAUCUGGAGGAAUGUAUGGAGCGGUUAAAAGCGGAAGCACACAGCUUACUUGCCCUGUCCGAGCGUAUCAAACAAAAAGCUACCGCACCGAAGGAUAACGAAUCGGACAAGGCGUCCGAAAAGAAUGACAGUUGCGAGGAAGAGGAUGGUUUAAAACGACGUGGCAAAUCGACCGACAAAGGGCUCGAAAGUGCACGAUCAUUCGAUGAGAACAUUGUGCGGGAGGUUGUACCGGAGCGUGACGGUAAAGCGAACGGUGCCAACAGUUGCCGUAGUCUACCGAUCGAUCUAGCGGGAUUACAGCUAAACGGGGAGCUAAACAUGCAGCUGCACGAGCUUAAAAAUCGUUUGCUUAAGUCGGAAGAUGAGCGCAAGCUGCUCGAAACGGAGCUGGCCGAAGCACGGAGCAAGCAGAACAGUCUGGUGAGCGAGUUGUCUGAGACAAAGCAACACCUGCUGGAACUCAACAGUCAGCGGGUGGAGUUCAGUGAGGGUUACGGCACGAAUGCAUUGCUGCCGACUGCACAGCGUGUGAACAAUUCGUUCGUAGAGCUACAAGAGCGGGCCAAAGUGUUGCUGGGCAGUGCUGGCACAGGUCCAGAUCAAACGGUCGAGGACAAUUCAAUGUUGCUGCAGCUGGUGGAAGAUUUCUGUCGCGAGGGUGAACGUUACCUUGAAGACGAAAAGCGCGACCGGAUGGAUUUGCAAUCGCAGAUUGAAGCGGCCGAUAAACAGCUUAAAGCAACACGACAAUUCCUCGAAGACCAGGCUGCUGAACGUGAGCAGGAACGUGACGAGUUCGUUAAGGAAAUCGAACGGCUCAAGUGCACGAUGCGUGAGAAGGACAAGGAUAAGGUGAACUUUGAGCGUGCCAGCAAGGAGGAGGGAUGCGUGAGCGACUGUAGAUAUGCAAAAGAAAAUCGAGCAAUUGCUGCAAACCUGGAAACGAUGGAACAGCAGGUGAAGGAACUAACGACACAGAUCACCGACCGGGACGAUCGGUUGCGAAAGAUGGAAGCAGACCUGAAGGAUUCAAUCGAUAAGGGUUUCACGUUGCGAGAAAUUAUCUCCGAGCUCGAAACUCAGAUCGAAAGCAAGACAAUCAACGAGCUGGUGUUGGAGACGAAGGCUAAGGAGCUGGAGAAGUACAUCGACGUGCAGAAUCAGCAAAAUGAAUCGCUCCACCAAGAGAUGGAAAGCGUCAAGACGGAUUUGGUCGGUCGCGGGUACGAUGAAAAGAUUGCCAAGCUGGAGGAGGAACUGCGGCAGCGUCAACCGUCAGCCGAGCAGAGCAUCGUCCUGGAGGCACUCACCGUCCAACUGAGGGAUAUUGAGGAAACACUCGAGCGCAAGACGAAAAACUUGGAAACGCUUCAUUCCACUUCGGGUGCGUCGCUGGGAUGCAGCAGCCCUUCGGAAGAUGUUUCCGUAAACCAGGACAGUCCGCUGCAUCGACAGAGGAAGGGCGCGUCUGGUGGCGGUGCGGAGGAUGGUUCACCGGGUGAUGAUAAACCGAAAGUAACGCCCUUGCCGGUCGAUGAAGUGCAGCGGAUAUUCGAUAAGCUGCAUCGACAUUCGCGCGUCGAGGAUGUGGCUAUCAAGCGCAUCAACGAUCUUGAGAUGCAGAUUACCAACAUCAGGAGUGGUUAUGCGGAACUUCAACACGAGCGCGAUGUACUGCAAGAGAAGAUGUCCGAACAGUCGAUGAAAAUCUCAUCGCUCCAGACGAAACUAGACGAGCAGCGAUUACGUGCGGAAGAACUGCAUCGACAAGGCACAUCACAGCUGACGGUAAAGGUGCACGAUCUGCAAAACGAGCUCCAUAAUCUGAAGGAAACGCUCCAAACGCGCGACAAGCAGAUUGCUAAUCUGAAACAGUUUCUCGAGAACAGUCAGCAAGCGAUUGCCCGGCAAGAGAAGGAACUGGCCAUGAAUCAGGACGGCGUGGAACGUAGCCAGCAAGAGCAACGACUGGAGUCUGAGCUGAAAGCGAAAGAGGAAGAGAUUCGCGUCCUGAAGGAUCGUAUCAAGAACGAGAUGAUCAAUAAGGCGGCAUUGCCGGAUCUGAUGGAAACGAUACUGGCGGACAAGAAUGAAGAAAUCGAUCAGCUGAAGGAAAAGCUACAACAGUAUCAGCAAAUCGCGACGGAUAAGGUGGAUGGAAAUCAGCACAAUGAUUUGGGCGCUGUAGCGAGAGACGACGAUGGUGGCCGAACGUUGAGCGAUGUCGUUUCCAUAACCGAUGGUGACGAAUCGGACAUGGUGAUGCGAAGGAUGCCGGAACAGAACACACUGGGAGGUAUACUGCCCGUACACAGCAUUCCAAUGAUGUUUCUGGCCGACUUCUGUAUACUGACGAUAAAGGAUUCCGGUUUAUCGUUGCUUCCGAACCAUUCCAAACAAUCAUCGGCCCCAAUGACAGGGCACAUGCUGAGUGGUGGCCAUGAUUCGACGAUGCUUAACUCCAUCCCACUGCGUUCGAACUUUUUCCACGACGUGUGUUCGGCCGUUCCCCGCGUACCGGAUCAAACGUGCAGCAGCGCACCGACACCGGAGUGUGUACCACGACAGAUCGACUUUUCGUUGGUCGAUACGCCACAUCUCGGUGCCCACCGACAGACAGCACCUUCCUCUGCGCCACAAAUGUUGAUGUUUUUCGGUGCCAACACAGCGGGCAUCAGUCCAAGGUGUUUGGUACGAGAACCGGCCGUUAUUGAGGAGAUUAUUGAGGACGAAGAAUACAACAACGAUAUUGUGCAGGACCAUGCUCAACCCAGCGCCUCGAAUGAAGCACAGGCAACAAACCUAGAAGGUGAGAUGGAGUCUUUAAAACUAAGCUUAGAUAAGGUAGUGAGUGAAAAGAACGAGCAAAUAGAGACGUUGAAGGUCGAGCUGCAACAGAAGGUGGAACAGAUGGAGGAUCUUCAGGUUGAGCUAGCGGCUCGAAACAAGCUGUACGAAGAUUUGAUGCAAGAGAAGAAAGAGCUGCGUGACGAGGUGGAAAAGGUGAAGCAAGAGCUAUGCAGACUUGAUCAGCAGGCGCACGAUCUGCAGCGAAAGGAUGCAGAAUUAAGAGCGGCAUUGGAGGAGGUACGUCAGAAAGAAGCCGAACUCGGUGAGGUAAACUCCAAGUACGAGAAGGUACGCAUCGAAAUGGAAGAUGUUACGAAGGAAGCCAGUGUUCUGCGGGCUGAACAACAGCGGCAAAAACUGGAGGUGGACACACUGCGACAGCAGGUCGAAUCUCUGAACAAAACUAUCGGCCAUAAGGAUGAGCUGAUGUCGAAGUUGGAAAAAGAUUUGCUUAACUAUAGCAAAAACGAAGAAAAAUACCUCGAACAGUUACGCUCACUAGACGCGAAGGAGACGGAACUGAAAAUAAUGCAAGGCAACUACAAGGAUCGUCUACAUGAGAUCGAGAUUCUGAACGAGGAUAAUCGCUUCCUGACGGAGGACAUUAAUCGGUUGAAGAAUGAAAUCGCCCGCAGUAACAACUCGCUCAGCUCGAACUCUUCUUACGUGCAGGCACUGAAGCAAAACUGUACCAAACUCGAGGAAGAGUUGCAAGAAACGAAGCUUUUACUGACGGAAAAGAUGUUGGCUCUCGAACGUGUAAGAAUAGAUCUGAGCGGUUGUCAGCAUGAAACGGAAGAUUUACGCUCUGCACUGAAGGAAAAAGAAAUGAUCAUACAGCAGAUCGGUGACGAUGGAAACAGUCUCCACGAGGCGCUGUCAAACAUUCAGGAGAAAAUGCAGGAGAAAAACGUUACCCUUAACAGUAAACUGCGGGAGGAACAGGAGCGUAAUGCGCAACUACAAACGGAGAUGGAGCGAUUGAAGCAGCAAUUGCAGCGCAGCGACAACUCGUCCAGUCCUAAACCGUUCUCGGUGGAGGAAAUAGCGGAGCAGCUUGAAAAGGAGCUCAACUAUUCCGCACAGCUUGACUCGAGCAUUCUGAAAGCGAUCGAGAGCGAUGACAUGAACACGGACGAAGAGCGUCAGGGUACUUGCGGAACGGUAGGUAGAAAAGCGGUCUCUCGGAAACCUUCCGACCUGGACGAUUUAAGGCAGAAAUUGCAAUUGGAGGUUGACAAAGGGAAAAAGAUGCAAGAACUGCUCGAAGGUGAGAAGCAAAACUCGGCCGACAUACAGCAACAGGAUGCAGAAAUCAUUGAAGCGAUGCGCAUUCGAUUAGAGGCAGCUCUGGGUAAUGAGAGUACCUUGCAGCGGUUGCUCGAAGAGGAGCGAACUAAAAACGAACGCCUGUCGCGAAUGGUGGGUGGACUGCAGAGGACGAAAUCGUUCGAUAAUUACCUCCUGAUGAAGGGUAAAGGAUCACCCCAGGAUGGAUCUCCACAGCGGCGCCUUAACCGUAGUAACGAGUUUGAAACCGAUAUGGUGGCGCGUUACGAAAGUGAACUAAAGUUCCUGACGGCACAGAAUGCCCGCGAACGUGAAAGAACCGCCGACCUACAGCGAGUGCUCGAACGUGAACGGGAGCGUUUCGAAAGGGAAAUCACCGAGCGAACCGAACACGGUGAGCAGGUGAAGAAGGAGCUGAACCGAGUGCUGAAGGAAAAGGAAUCGCUCGAGCUAGAAUUAGACCACGAGCAGGAGAAAUUGGAACUAGCGCACAAAGAGAUCGAAAGCUUAGAAAAGCGCAUCGGUGCGUUGCAGGAAGCGGAAGCACUACGUUCGGCACGUCGAGAACGAACGUCCGGUCAAAAUUCGCUCGAAUAUCAGGAACUGAAGCUUCGUCUGGAAAGUGUGGAAUUUGAGCGCACUCAACUUCGAGACACGGUACAAAGUCUCCGCUCCGAGGUGGAUCGGCGACGCGUCCGAGAAGAGCAUCUUACACAAGCGCUUUCGCGUGAAAAUUCACUAAACGCACAGCACCAAAGCCAACAGCAGAUCGUGCCGGAGGAGUUCCUGAACAAGCUGAAGGAUCUGAACCGUAUGCUGGAGGCGAAUGCACGCGAAAAUCAGCAGCAGGCCGAAACGGUACGCUUCAUGAUGGAGGAACGACGCGCAUUGCAGCACCGUAUCCAGGAGCUGGAACGGUACAACGUACACAGCAGCGGAGGAGCCCAUCACCAGCGAGAGGAUCUGGAGGAGCGGGCGAACCACCUGUUCGGGAAGUAUCUACGCUCGGAAAGCCACCGGAAGGCACUGGUCCACCAGAAGCGCUACCUACAGAUCGUGUUGACCACGUACGAGGAGAAUGAAGCGAAAGCGCUUGCCCUACUCAACGCACAGCUUCCACCCGGCCAGCUGGAAGUGCUUGCUCUAGCGAGUGGACCACGCUCUCUCGAAACUUCCUCACAUCCGCGGCGCAAAUCGUUCCGUUCGAUUGUAACGGUGAUCGUGGCUAUCGAACGGAUGAAGUACCUCGUCCGUAAAUGGCACGGUGGGCGACGGGUUUGUGCGAAGGCCAUCUUCUCACAACCGUUCAGCCCGCGACGUUCACAGUCCGCCAGCACGAACGUUUGGGCACGGUCGCCCGGUUCACAUUUCGUGGAGUAUGCGACGUCAGGUGGCGGUACUGGUGGAAUAGUGCGAAUGGAACGUGCCGAACCGAUACCACCACAGGUGUUCGGUGUCUCGACCGGUGGUGGGGCCUUUGCGAGGACACUUGCCGUACCGAUUGCAUCGCCAACCUCUUCGCUACGCAUGUCCGUGGACGUUCUCGAGACGCUCCGAGAGCAUCAGCAUCCACAACCACAUCCACAACCGCAGUACAAUCGGAAUACUCAUGGCAAUCGAUAGUGUUGACGGUAAACAUUCUCCAAAAACUUACUGUGGACGUGUAGUAUGUAGAUUGACUAAACUGCCAGCACAACAGAUACCUAUACAUCCACAAAGAAACUCAUUUCCCACGGAGAUUAGACGAACUUAGACAGGUCCGAAGAUCAUUGGGAUUGUUUGUUAUAAAAUUGGUACAAAAAAGUAUUAAUCUCCCCCAAAUAUUACCCGAUAGGUAGCAGUAAUGGAUAGAAAAGCAAAGUGAAGUUUGUAAAUGUUGACAACGAUAGUCCACUAUCCGGCCAUAUUAGUAGAAUUUCUUUCUAAUGGGGCGCACAAUGAAAUACGACGGUUGGGAGAGAGAAGAUAGUUUUAUAGCAAGUUAACUUGAAUACUUAAAGCAUGUCCCCAGAAGGGUAAAACUGUUGUUCGAUGCAUGUUAUUAUGAUCGCCGAGCAGUUGUUUUAAAUGCCGGAAAGCCUCGCUUGGCCAUAGCAGUGGUAUAAUGUGAAGUAGUAAUUGAUCUCUAAUCUCUGUAUUAAUCGCAGUAAAUUGCACCCGUUUGUUCUGUAGUGCUGUUUGCAGCACUGUCUUUCCUUUGUAUUGAACUAUUUUAACAGUAUUUUGAUAUACAAUUGAGAGGGCUAUUGAGAAAAUUUUUAAAAUAAACACAAAAUACGAAAACAAAAGCACACCGGUAAAACUUGGACACGGAAACAGUGCCUUACUAGCGCAGUUUGCUCUCUAAUCGAUCAUGCAGUUCCCAUUUCUAUCCAUUCAUUUAUAUUACAUUUUUCAACUUUAAGCCUUAUCAAAUCAUUAAUUGUUUCAAAGUUAUGGACAAAACUCCAACGAGCGUGGGCGCAAAAGCUGGAGGAGAUCUUUUAUUUGUACGCUACUUAGAACGAGUAAAGGUGGAAUUAUUUCCUUUUCCGUUUUGUUGAUUACAAAGGAUGACUACUACCGGCACCCAAAAUCAAAAGCCAUCAUUGUGUCAGAUUAAACAAGCCAUACAUACAGCAGCGUGUAGAUCGCGUCGGUGAAAGAAGAAUGUUGUAUGGCUAGGGACUUUAUUUAUAAAUUGUCUUUUUUUUAAAUAAUUUGUGACGUACGUAAGUUCUUCUGUAAUAUUCACUAGACGUUUCCGUAUUUCUCAUGACAGUAGAGUAGAUUUAGGUUAGUUUCAUUGCUAGGUACAAGUGCACCACAUUAAAGGAGACAAAUUGUAAUAUAGUUCUGAGAAUGUUAAAUGAUA